GCCGCCGGCCUCCAGCUAAUGCCCGCGAUGGAGCCGGCGAGCCUGCUGCGGUUCCUGCGGAAGCUCAAGGAGGUCUUCGAUGUGUGCGACGAGGAUGCGGACGGCUUCAUCCGGGUGGAGCACUUCGUCGCCCUGGGGCUGCAGUUCGGACAAGGGGAUGAGGUGGAAAGACUGGCAAAGUACUUGGACCCAAAUGAUUUGGGAAGAAUCAAUUUCAAGGACUUCUGUCAUGGAGUUUUUGCUAUCAAAGGCUGUGAAGAGUUACUGAAAGAUGUCCUGUCUCCUGAAAACUCUGAGCCUCAACACUACGAACCACACUAUGAUGAUUACUACUACCAGGGUGGUGAAAUCCAGGACUGUGCCUACUUGGACGGCGAAAGCACCUACGGCGAGUUGGAGCUCUUUCCUGAUGAGGACGUGAUGACUCUAGCACAGCAGGAGCUUCACCAUGAGUCUGACAUGGACAGUGCUAUUGAGAGUGCCCAGAGCUCGGAGGCCUCUGAUGUGUGUCGGAGUGAGGAGAAGGAUGCUGUGCUCAGUAGCCUCUUUCUGCCCGGUGACAAGUCAGGUCCUCACAACCCUUCCGCUGCAUCUGACCUCUCAACUUAUUCCACUGCCUCUCUGAUCAGUAAUGAAGAACAGUUUGAAGACUAUGGGGAAGGAGAUGAUGUGGAUUUUACCCCCAGUAGCCCAUGCCCUGAUGAUGAGACCAGAACCAACGCCUACUCUGACCUUGGCUCAUCUGUAUCUUCCAGUGCUGGCCAGACACCCCGAAAAAUGAGGCAUGUUUAUAACAGUGAGUUACUGGAUGUUUACUGCUCACAGUGCUGCAAAAAGAUAAAUCUACUCAACGAUUUGGAAGCCAGGCUGAAAAACUUGAAAGCAAACAGCCCUAACAGGAAAAUAUCAAGCACAGCUUUUGGAAGACAGCUCUUCCAUCACAGUAACUUCAGCAGCAGUAAUGGCAGCACGGAAGACCUGUUCAGAGACAGUAUAGACUCCUGUGAUAAUGAUAUCACUGAAAAGGUAACAUACCUAGAAAAAAAGGUGACAGAACUGGAGAAUGACAGCCUGACAAAUGGUGACCUGAAGAGCAAACUGAAACAAGAGAACACCCAGCUAGUUCACAGAGUUCAUGAGCUAGAAGAACUAUUGAAAGACCAAGAAACAUCAGCAGAACAGACCCUGGAAGAAGAGAUGAAGAGACAUAGAGAAGCAUAUAUCAAGUAUGAGAAAGAGAAAGGCACUGAAAUUGAACUGCUGAAUACAAGGGUUCAACAACUGGAAGAAGAAAACGGUGAGCUGAAAUGCACUGUCACACGACUGAAAUCACAAACGGAGAGAUUAGAUGAGGAAAGGCAGCGUAUGUCAGAUAGGCUGGAAGACACUAGUCUGCGACUGAAGGACGAGAUGGAUUUGUACAAGAGAAUGAUGGACAAACUGCGGCAGAACAGGCUGGAGUUUAACAAGGAGAGGGAAGCCACACAGGAGCUCAUUGAAGACCUGCGGAAGGAACUGGAGCACCUGCAGCUGUACAAGCUGGAAUGUGAGCGUCCUGGACGUGGGAGAAGCUCUUCAUCCAGUGUGAGUGAAUUCAAUGCCAAAACCAGAGAGGUGGAAAUGGAGCAUGAAAUAAAAAGGCUGAAGCAGGAGAAUCAGAAACUUCGUGACCAAAAUGAUGAUCUCAAUGGACAGAUCCUAAGUCUUAGUCUUUAUGAAGCUAAAAAUCUCUUUGCAACACAAACAAAAGCCCAGUCACUGGCUGCUGAAAUUGAUUCUGCAUCAAGAGAUGAGCUCAUGGAAGCCCUUAAAGAACAGGAAGAAAUCAAUUACAGAUUGCGACAGUAUAUGGACAAGAUAAUUUUGGCAAUCCUAGACCAUAAUCCAUCUAUCUUGGAGAUAAAGAAUUGAAGAGAAUGAGAGAAGGGAAAGCAGCAACUGCCUGAUAUUUCUGCACAUGCCACUGGAUCUAAACAACACUCUGAUACUGUAAAUUAAUCUAUAAAUAUAUAUAUACACUAUGUGUGAGUGUGGGUGUGCGGGUGUGUUUAUAUG